CUGGUUUGUUGAUGUUUUUGUCGGGGGCAUCAUGGCGGCCCGCUGGACCAGUGAGAAUGAGGUGGUGGAGUUUAGGGACGCUCAGGCUACUGCAAUGUCAGUGGACUGUCUCGGACACCAUGCUGUUCUGUCUGGGAGACGCUUCUUGUAUGUUGUGAACUUGGAGACUCCUUCAGAGGCUCCCCGAAAAAUAGGUCGUCAGAGUAAGUGGGACGUUGGGACUGUGCAGUGGAAUCCUCACAGAGCAGAAGCUCAUCUGUUUGCUGCAUCAAGUAAUCAGCGUGUUGACCUGUAUGUUUGGCGGGAUGGAUGUGGAGAGGCUCACAAUUCUCUACAAGGUCACACACGAGUUAUAAGUGAUUUGGACUGGUCAUGGUUUGAGCCAGAAUAUCUUGUGACAAGUUCUGUGGAUACGUACAUCUACAUUUGGGACACAAGAGAUACUCGAAAGCCCACAGUAGCGCUGUCUGCAGUGGCGGGAGCCUCCCAGGUGAAGUGGAACAGAAGGAAUCAGAACUGCCUCGCCUCCAGUCAUGAUGGAGAUGUCAGAAUCUGGGACAGAAGGAAACCGAACACCGCUGUUGAAUAUGUGGCCGCUCACUUAUCAAAGAUCCAUGGCUUGGACUGGCACCCUGAUAAUGAGUAUAUCCUUGCAACCUCCAGCCAGGACAACUCUGUUAGGUUCUGGGACUACAGACAACCUCGAAAGUACCUCAAUAUCUUGUCUUGUCAAGUUCCUGUUUGGAAGGCGAGAUACACGCCUUUUUCUAACGGGCUGGUGACAGUGAUGGUGCCGCAGCUCAGACGGGAGAACAGUCUGCUGCUGUGGAGCACUCUGGACCUGAACAGUCCGGUUCACGCUUUCGUGGGCCAUGAUGACGUGGUGCUGGAGUUCCAGUGGAGGCCUCAGAAAGAAGGUUCCAAGGACUGCCAGCUUGUUACGUGGUCCAGAGAUCAGACUUUGAGGAUAUGGAGGGUAGAUCCUCAGUUACAGAAGCUGUGUGCUAAUGACAUUGUGGAGGAGCUGAUGGAAGGCAUGACCCUCACAACUGAAUCAGAGAAGACACUCCGGUCCCCAGACUCUGAACCCCCGCUCAGUCCUAGCCUUACAGUAGACAACUCACAAGGUCAGAUAGAGAGUCUGCAGUCUGGCCUGCUGUCCAGCGGCAGGCAGGACAGCCCUGGUCUGCCCCAGACCCUGCAGCAGGAGUUCUCUUUGGUCAACCUGCAGAUCCGCAAUGUCAAUGUAGAGAUGGAUGCUUUAAACCGCACCUGCUUUGUGUCUGCUCACUGUGGAGUCAAUCAGGUCAGGCUUGUGGUAAAGUUUCCGGCACAGUACCCAAACAACGCUGCACCAUCUUUCCAGUUCGUCCCUCCAACUAACAUUUCAUCUUCCAUGAAGACCAAGAUCCAAAAGAUCUUGACAGAUACGUCACUUCAGAAAGUCAAAAGGAAUCAGAACUGCCUGGAGCCCUGCGUGAGGCAGCUGGUGUCCUGUUUAGAGUCAGAUAUGGAGGAUGGCACCAAUCCCCAUGCUUUUGCCAACUCGGUAACCCCAGCUCUUCCUGCCUUCCCACGCGUCACUAACACCUAUGGCUCAUACCAGGAUGCUAAUAUUCCCUUCCCACGCACCUCAGGUGCACGCUUCUUUGGCACAGGAUCUCUAGUGUAUUUUACCAGGCCCAUGUCUAUGCAUCGCACCGUCCCUCCUGCUGAACCCACUCCCAGGUCACUUUCAGCACUUUCUGCGUAUCACAGUGGCCUAAUGACACCCAUGAAGAUGCGCAGUGAGUCUCAGACCUCUUUGAGGCUGUACAGCGGCAGUCCUACACGCACAGAUAAAGAGCACGUCUCCAUCUCCUCCUUCUACUAUAAGGAACGGAAGCCCCCUCUGUCUGCCCCUCGUCGCUGGUCUGUGCAGACUAUUCAUGACUGUCCGAAAUCACGUCGUUGGAAAGGGAAACGUGAGGGAACAGACUAUGGCAACAGACCUAUAAAACUGGCGGGAAAAGUCAUCAUUCAGGAGAUCUCCUGUCUGCUUCCAAUCCACAAAGCCCUCGCCGAGACCUACGUAUUAAAUGUGAACGACAUACAUGACACGUGUCAAAAGAAUGCAGCUGCAGCUCUGGCAGUAGGACGCAGAGAUUUAGCCAAGGUUUGGGCCCUUGCUUCUGCUGCUACCAGUCAAGACCUCUGCCCUGACUCGGAUCCUGACGCUGACACCCCUUGGGCCAGGCACCCCUUUGGACGAAAACUUCUUGCAACUUUGAUUGAACACUACAGUCAUCUGAGUGAUGUGCAGAGUCUGGCCAUGCUGUGCAGUGUGUUCAGAGGCCAGGGGAGCCCCCAGGACUUCUUCACGCUGUACGGGCCACGCUCCUCAGGCUUCACUCUACACCACUCCCGCUAUCCCAGCUACACUUCCAGUUCUGUUACAUCUGGCUCCUGCUCCAGUACCUCAGACUCCACCUCCACUAACUGGAACCCCACUGGACGGGAAUCAGAGCAGGUCCCUCCCUGGGGAGAGUCUUCCCCUGAUGACUAUCGCUAUGCAAAUCAGCUAUACACAGACCCACGAGAACGUGAGAAGGAGCAGCACGACAUGAACAAAAGGUUAUUGGACCCAGCCAAUACCUUGCAGUUUGAUGACUUUAAGAAGUGUUAUGGAGAAAUUCUGUACCGAUGGGGUCUGAAAGAGAAAAGGGCAGAGGUGCUGAAAUUUGUUUCUUGUCCUCCAGAACCACAUAAGGGUGUAGAGUUUGGGGUGUACUGCUGUCACUGUCGGAGUCAGGCCCGGGGCACUCAGUGUGCCGUCUGUAAACGCUUCACCUUCCAGUGUGCCAUCUGCCACGUGGCUGUCCGUGGCUCCUCCAACUUCUGCCUGAGUUGUGGGCACGGCGGGCACACCAGCCACAUGAUGGAGUGGUUCCGCUCCCAAGAAGUGUGUCCUACGGGCUGCGGCUGCCACUGUCUCCUGCAAAGCACUUUCUGAAACCUCUACAACGUCCAUCCGUCAGUCCUCGCCUCGGGAUGUGCCUCAGAACUUAGAACCUUAGUACUGUAGCAGGGUUUGGUCUGCCCAGCGCAGGAGACCACACACUCACACUGUUCCUCUGUGAAACAGCACUGACACACACACACACACACACACAUGAUGGCUACCAGCGCUUCUCUGGACCAGAGUGGCCGUUAAUGUUUGUUAUGCAAAAUGGAAAAAGUAUACAGUAUGAGUUAUGAAGGAUUGAACACAGCCUUAUUAUAUUGAUUGUGCCAUUUUUGUUCUUUCAUUUUUGAUUGAACUUGAACAUUUAGUUUGAUCUCUAAGCCACCAGAAGUUUUUUUUUUCUAAAGAAACUGUGAAAGUGCACACCUGUAAAGAGAGGACUGAACCUGCUGUGGAUUUUACAAUUAUAGUAAUCUGGCUGGAGAAGUGCUUUCGUCCGCUUUGGUCAGUCUUUUCAGGACUGUGCUCGAUUCUAAAAGGGAAUACUGACGAAUUAACCAGCAUUUACAAAGUUUAUGCAAUAAAUGCAACAAUAAAUGUGUUUAAAAUGA